UUACACUCAAUAUCAUCUUCAUUUUUCUAUCUCCAAAAUCCAACAUUUCCCAACCAAAUAACCAUGCCUCAUAUAUUGUCUAUCACACUCUUUGCACUAUUAGUCCCUUCAUUGUUAGUCCCUCUAUGUUCAAGUUAUAACCAUAGUAACACGUGUAGAUCGUAUUGUGGCAACGUAUCUAUCGACUACCCGUUUGGUCUCAAAUACGGGUGUGGACACCCGGGUUACCGGGAUCUACUAUAUUGCAUCAACGGUGUCCUCAUGCUCCAUGUAGCUUCCGGGUCAUACCGGGUUUUAGACAUUGAUUAUACCUUCCAAGCCCUUACGUUGCAUGACCCCCACUUGUCGACAUGCAACUCGAUAGUGCUUGGGUCCCGCGGUAACGGGUUUGUGGUCGAGCCAUGGCGGGCCCCGUUCUUGACUCCGGUACCCGAUAACGCCUUUUUGUUGAUCGGGUGCUCGGUUAAAUCCUCACUCUUUCAAGGAAUACCAUCCAAGCACUUAGCUUGUAGGAAUGUUUCGGGUUUGGGUUGUGAAGACUACUAUAGGUGUCCGGCUUGGGGGUUUAUUGGGCCAACAAAUGUGGGCCUUGUAUAUGGGUCAGGCCCACCAGAAUGUUGCACGGUGGCUUAUGACGAUCUUGGGGCGGGUCAAGGUGUAAAUCUUACCAAGUUGGACUGCCAAGGGUAUAGUAGUGCUUAUAGCUUGGCACCUCUAAGAAUUGAUGGGCCACACGAGUGGUCUUAUGGCAUACGUGUGAAGUACUCACUCCAAGGACAUGAUGCAUUUUGUAAAACGUGUGAGGCUACUCGUGGCACGUGUGGGUAUACUGGUGAUCAUGGUAGUGAAAUUACAGAAGUGUGCUUUUGUGAGACUCAUAACUCUACAUCAAAUUGUGACUCAACUUCAGUUGAAUCAAUGAUAGCUGAAGCCGUCGUUUUAAGGACCUCGUCAACCUACGCCAUAAUAUUAAUAGGAUUUCUAGUUUCUAUGGUUUUAUGGAAUAAAGACUGAAGUCAAGUGCAAAUUCAAGUUGUCACAUUAAUGUUUAUUAUAUCUACACAUGAACGUGCUCAUGUGUAAGGCUUGAACAAUAUAGAGCAAGCUAAGAGAACAUUGCAAUAGUUGCAAUUUUUAGGGUAUAGAAAAAUUAAAGUUGCCCCCUAAUGCAACUUCUACAAAUGGUUUGUAAAAAAAUUUGGCUAGGAAGAUGAAAUUUUGUUGAUUGUUGAAACCAUUUGUUUGAAUUACUCAAGAGCUACUCGUC